CCAAAAACUUCUCUGUCUCUGUUUCAUGCGCUUCUGAGUCAACCACCGAUGGACAAGAACCCGAGCUCCGCCGAGGAUGACGUCACUGUGUUCCUAGACACCAGCCUUGACACCCGCUUGGCCAUCACCGUCUCCGGCAACGACACCAUUUCCGACGUCAAAAGGAAAUUUGAACAUGAGCAUCAGUUGAGCUACGGAGAAAUCAAGAUUCGGGCUUUAAAGGUGGACCGGGGGGGACGCUUGUAUCGCCUCUCGGACUCCAUGAGUGUUAAACGCGCUGCCGGUGGAGUCAACCAGGAGUGUUUUAUGUUUGCUGAUGCUUCUAUUGUAGAGAAGAUUGGUGAAAUUGAGCAUGGUUUACACAAUGUUGGUUCUGAUGUACAAUUCAUUGGUUCUGGAAUUUGUGAUAAUCCAUUGGUUAGUGGGGCUGAUCGUCCUUUUGAUGUUGUUAGUAAAAGGUUGUUCAGUGUUGAUGAUUCGAUGCCAUUGCUAAUAGAGGGAAACAAGAAUAAUACUAUAGACCAGAAUGGUUCGGUGGAUUCUGGUAGAGAAACUUCGAAAGAUUUGGAAAUCAAGCAUUGUGAUGAUGAUCAUCGCAAAACUUCAUUUGGUGAGACAAUCAAUAGGGCAGAACCUGAAAGACAGGAGGAUCGGGUUCUAUGUAGUGAGGGGUUUAGAGUUCCCACAGCACAAGACCACAAGGAAGAUACCUCAAGGCAAGAAAUAAGUGAAGCCAAAAGCAGCGCAUCUUUGGAGAAAACUUCACCUGCUGUAAAGAAUAAACUACAGGAAGCCGAGCGAAAAAGUGAAGAGCCAGUGCAGCUGAAAGAAAAUCAUGCUCCAGUUCGUGGAAUCAAUGAAGAACCGUCGCGGAUAGAUAUUGUAACUCCAGAAGACUUAUUAGGUAAUGAGGGUGGAUAUGUUCCCUGUGAUACGUUUAUUGUAAAUAGAACUACUACAGAAGAACCUUGCAGGGCUUUGGCUCCCAAUUUGGAUAACAAGUCAGACUCUGGAAUUCAUGGGACCACUGAUACAUACAAAGAAACUGAAGUUUCAGGCAAGAGCACUGAGAUUAGAAAGGAUAUAUCUAUGCAUUGCAAGACAACAGCAGAAGAUGCUUCACAAUCUCAGGCAGCUUCAAAGAAAAAGCGCAAGUUUGAAAGCACAACUGAUCUUGAAGAUUCGUUGAAAGAGAACAAUGUCUUGAUUUCUGAUUUUAACAUAGGGACUUCCCAACAAGAUGCUUCACAAUCUCUGACUGCCCCAAAGAAAAAGCGCAAGUUUGAGAAUGUAACUGUUGAAGAAUUGAGUAAAGAAAACAAAGAGGCUUCCCAACCAGAAAUUGUAUCUGAACUCUCGGCAGGGAAAACUGCAAGUACUACCUUAGAUGGUUCAUUUGCUGAAACCUCAGAUAUGUUGACAAAGAGUUCAACAAAAAAGAAGAACAAAAAGAAAAAGAAGGCAUUGAAUCCUUUGCACCAAGUAGUUGAUGCAGCUCCUUCUAGAAGCGGUGAUAUGGAAGAGAGAUCUAUGGUUGUUUCUGCAGAAAUUGAUAUUAAACAUUCAAGUGCAGAAAAUGUAGCACCUAUCAGUAGACAAGGUCUGAAAGAAGAUAACUGUGCUCCUAUCCAAGAGUUGCAGGAAACUCCUAAAGCACCCUCUUCACUUGAUUUUAAUAAUGCUACUCAAGAAAAACCAGAAGGUCAUCCUCCCGUUGUUGAAGCUCCUGGUGAAAAUGGAACAGGUUCAGCUGAAAAGGUGCAAGAGAAGAGAGAAGCAUCACAGACAAAUGACUCUGAAGCAAUGUUGUCUGAAAGCCAGGGUAAAACAGAUGGGGACAAUGCAAAACUAAUUGUCACAUCUGAAUUAUCGAAUAGAAAUGAACCUGUCACCCCUAGUAAGAAGAAAAAGAAGAAAAAGAAGACCAAGGAUUCCAGUGGUGCCGAACACAUUAUAGAUUCUCAGUGUGAUAUUUCUUUGGCUGAACCUCAUGAAGCUGUACAUGGUGAACAGGACAUUGAUAAAGCUAAGAACAAGGAGAGUAAUCUUUCUCAUAAAAAUGGGAAAGACAUAUCAAAAAAGGAUACAGAGAGUGGCCGUUUAGUAAUGGAAGCUGAUAAGCAUGAUGGCAAUGAGGUGGAAACUUCACAGCAAGUUGGCAAAACUCCAGAAAAUGCAAAAAGUAUGAAAAAGAAAUCUAAGAGGAAACAUGAUGCCAUGACACAAGAUCUCCUGAAGUUGGGAGCAGAAGAGAAAAUUGUUAGUCACGGGGAUCCUGCUCUAACAAUUGAUAGUAGAACAGAGGCAUUAGGCAGCAAAAGAAAGAACAGUAAGCUGGCAAAGACGACUCCAAUUGAUCAGUCAGAUGCAAAAUGUAUGGAAUCUGGUAGGGAGUAUGGAGUUCAAAUUGGUACACUCCAUGCUGGCUCAAAUUUUGUGUCUGAGUCUACUAAACUUCCUUCUCAACAAGAACACAUAUCUGCUGGGACAUCUCUCCAACCUAAUAUUUCUGGUAACCAUGAGGAGGUUUCUUGUGAAGGAGAAGAGAUUAACUUUCAUAAAUAUAUGGUGCCUAACUAUAGCAAGAAUAAAGUUGCUUCUGGUGAACUGUGUGCUGAAGAGGUGGCGAAAUCAAAAGGAGCGGAUAAUAAGCUGAAGCCUAAAAAGAACCACAAAGCGGUUGAUUCAAGUGGUUGCUCACAUGAUCUGCAAAGUCCACUUGAGUCAUAUGAUAACCGAGGGAUUGGAAAGCCUGAUGCUUGCAGAUCUAGCUCCAUGCAACCGCAAGGAUCGAUAUCUAAUGUUGAUGUUGUUGUGUCUCAACCUGAGAAAACUGUUUCCAAAAGUGGGACUAAAGCCCAAUCAUCUGAUGCAUCUGGUAAGAUACAUUCCAUUCCUAAGGUAGCCGGAAAGCAGAGUCUUGCCGAUGGUUCUGCGGCCAAUAGCCUUACCAAGAAAAAGAAUGAAGUUGUUACUGUAUCAAGUUCUAAGAUGGAAAAAUCAAACAUUACACACCAAAAUAAACUGGUUACAAAGCAUCAAUCAGGUGUGACUCAGAAUGUUGUAGCCAAUGGAAAGGCUUCUGUUAAUGAUAAUGGGGAAGUGUUGAAUAGCUCAAAACACAAGAAGAGCUCAGCUACACCAGUGGCCCCUGAGUACAGGUUCGGAAGUGAAGGCAAAGAUGGAGUUGUUUCAGGUGCCAGCACCACUUCAUCUGAUUACUCGUUGUCAUCUGAAUCUGACUACUCAGAUGGGGAAAGCAAUGCAGGAUCUUGUGCCUCGUCAGGGAAGAAGGGUACAGGGAGAAGCGGUUAUUCUAGCAUAAAGGGUAAACCAGCAACAAGGCUAAAAAACGAUGAGAUUUUUCUAAAUUCAAGUGUCUACAAGAAGGCCAAACUUGCAGCAUCUCAAUCACAACUCGAAGAAGACAGCCAAGCUCCUGAAUUUGUUCCAGACAGUCAGCCUGCCUUGUAG